GCGGAGCAUCCUCCCUCCCAACCCUCGACACUCAUGACUGCCGAGUAGGGUGGCUGAUAUUCGGACAAACAGAGGGGAUUCAGGGACAGCAUCAUGGCGAAGCACCGUAAAGACCGAGACAGCUGGGGGUCCCUCAGUGAUAAAAAUGUCUACGACUGGAGCUCAGAGGAGGAGGAGCCUGACGGACGAGCCCGGCCAAUUCAGGUGCUGCUGGUCAAAGACGACCACACCUUCGAGCUGGACGAGGCGGCACUGAGUCGCAUCCUGCUGGCCGAGGAGGUCCGAGACCGGGAGGUGGUUGCCAUUUCUGUCGCUGGAGCUUUCCGUAAGGGGAAGUCCUUCCUCAUGGACUUUAUGCUGCGCUACAUGUACAACCAGGCCUCUGACAUCUGGCUCGGAGACUCAGACGAGCCUCUGACCGGCUUCUCAUGGAGGGGGGGCUCAGAGAGAGAGACCACGGGGAUCCAGAUCUGGAGCGAAGUCUUCCUGGUGGACAAACCAGACGGGAGAAAGGUUGCUGUGUUGCUGAUGGACACACAGGGAACGUUCGACAGCCAGUCGACUCUGAGAGACUCAGCCACCGUGUUCGCUCUGAGCACCAUGAUCAGCUCCAUGCAGGUCUACAACAUCUCUCAGAACGUUCAAGAGGACGACCUUCAGCACUUACAGCUUUUCACGGAGUAUGGCAGACUGGCUAUGGAGGAGACUUUCCUCAAACCUUUCCAGUCGAUGAUCUUCCUGGUCCGAGACUGGAGCUUCCCGUAUGAGUUUACGUACGGACAGGAGGGAGGAAUGAAGUUCCUGGAGAAGAGACUGAAGAUCUCAGAGAAUCAGCACGAAGAGCUGCAGAACGUCCGUAAACACAUCCACUCAUGCUUCACUAACAUCUCCUGUUUCCUGAUGCCGCAUCCCGGCCUCAAGGUGGCCACGAACCCGCACUUUGAUGGAAGAAUUAAAGAGAUCGACGGCGAGUUCUUGAACAACCUGAAGGUUCUCGUUCCCUGGCUGCUCAGUCCUCGAAACAUCGACGUGAAGGAGAUCAACGGCAGCAAGAUCACCUGCAGAGGCCUGCUGGAGUACUUCAAGGCGUACAUCAAAAUCUAUCAGGGCGAGGAGCUACCACAUCCAAAGUCCAUGCUGCAGGCCACAGCAGAGGCGAAUAAUUUGGCAGCAGUUGCAGCAGCGAAGGAUCUCUACAACAAGAAGAUGGAGGAGGUGUGCGGGGGCGACCGGCCCUUCCUGGCACCCAGCGAGCUGCAGGCCCGUCACAGCACCAUCAGGGAGGAGGCGCUGCAGGUGUUUAGGGGCGUGAAGAAGAUGGGAGGCGAGGAGUUCAGCCGCCGUUACCUGCAGCAGCUGGAGGGAGAGAUCGACGAGGUGUUCGUCCAGUACAUCAAGCACAAUGACUCCAAGAACAUUUUCCACGCCGCCCGCACGCCGGCCACGCUCUUCGUGGUCAUCUUUGUCAUGUACGUGGCUGCGGGCAUCACGGGCUUUGUGGGCGUGGACAUCAUUGCAAGCUUGUGUAACAUGAUCCUGGGUCUGGCUCUGAUCACGCUCUGCACCUGGGCCUACAUCCGAUACUCGGGGGAGUACCGAGAGCUCGGCGCCGUCAUCGACCAGGUGGCUGGAGCACUGUGGGACCAGGGGAGCACAAAUGAGGCUCUCUACAAGCUGUAUAAUGUAGCGGCCAAUCACAGGCACCUGUACCACCACGCCUUCCCCGGGCCUCGGGUGGAGGAGGAGGCGGAGGAGCAGGACAAGAAGAGGGACUGAUGAGAGGAGACGGCAGGGACUUGAUGUUGACGGACAGACGAGGAGGGGCUCUGACCCCGCCCCCCCACUUCAAACCCUAAUAAUAACAGACUGUAUAAUGUUCAUGUCCAGUCGGAGCGCCUCCUCCGGGGGCGCCUGCUUCAAACGACGGAUGCCAUUCCUCAUUGUGUCUCACUUUUCGUCUGAAAAUAAAUGAAUUAACCUUGUACAGACACUCUUCACGCUGCCGGAGGAGACCGCGGCCAAUCCAGCCAUUCAUUUCAUAUCAGACGGGUUGUUUUCUCCAUCAUUCAGCACCAUUAUUUCAGACUAUAGGCGGAUCUGUGCUCCCUCCCUGCCCCCCUUCAUUUGUGACGGUCGUUCUGUUCUUUAGUGCUGUUUAUAGGAAAUAAUAUCUAAGACCUGCGAUGUUUGAAGCCAAAAUAUGUACUGUAUGUUAAACAAAGACGCGUUUCAAGCAUCAUCAGCAUGGUGAAUAGUCAGUGUGUGUCAUCUUUAAGCUCUUAAAGCAGGUAUACUUUAUAAAAAAAUGAGUUUUAAUGGUUGUGAUAAAGUGGUUUUGUGCCAUAACUUUCAUCCACAUGUAUGCAGCUUCAUGCAGACGCCUUGUGGCACAUUUAUUCCUUUAUAUUUCCUUCACUUCAGGGAGUUUCUUUACUUAGAAAGAGAAAUAAGUUUACACAUUAUCCUUCACUCUGCAGGUUUUUGUAAAGACAGUGAUGCUCUGUGUGGGUGUGUUUUUCAGGGUAAAGAGAGGUUUCUAUUGUGUUGUAGAGUCGGUGGGUGAAACCAUUGUUGUAUUUUUUUCUCUCGCUGCCUGAAUGUUCGAGCAAACCCGAGGAAUGUAGCUGUUCUGUGGCCGCCGAGGACUCAAAGCGAGCCGUGACGAGGCGGGGCGCCGGGGCCUGCUCUGCUAAAGGAUCCUCAUUCCACGUCGCUUCUGUCAUCUUCACACGCUUAAGUCGAAUCAUGUGCGAGGAAAAAAACAAACAGUUGCAUGGUGGAAGAGGCCGGGCUGUGACCUUUCUGUGUUUGCUGUGAGAAUCCUUCGGCUUAGUCGACUGUUACUGUAAAACUUGUGCUCAUUGUUUUUAGCUUUUUCAGCCACAGAGCUCACUGUAAAACGUCUGCUUCACUUUCAGCUGCGGCACUCCAGCGGGUUUUUUUCUGGUCUCUGACGGUACAGGAACUCUGUCAUGCAUAUUUAGCAAGUUUAUACUGAGGUUUGACCUCAAGGGUUGGAAAUUUAAAGGCACGGCAGCAGAGUGGCUUCUUGAGUCUUCCACAAUGUAUAAUCAGCAUCAGUGAGGCCUUCACAUCAAGAAACCAUCCAGUCCACUUUGAGAUCCCUGAGGCUUUUCAAAUCACAUUUCUUUUUGUUCAAGAUUUCAUUCAUGGAUUCAGAGAAGUAGCAUUUUGUUUACGUUGUGUUGCAUUCUGGGCCAGUAUUCACAAAGAAUCCUCUCAGAGAGCUCUAAAUUUAACUUUCUAACAAGAAGUCCAAGCUAGGCAAGAAGGUUCCUGGUUCAAAUCCCCAUCAGACUGGUGUUUCUGUGCAAAUGCUCCCCCAGUCAUGCAUGGGCUCUCUCUAGGUACUCCAGCUUCCUCUGGAAGUCUAAAGACACCCUUGACAGGCUGAUUGGUGACUCUAAAUUGCCCGCAAGUAUGACUGUAAAAUUUAGUAUAGAUCAGAGAUUCCCAAGGUCCAAAGAUCUUAGGAGGCUGAUUGGUGACUCUAAAUUGCCCGUAGGUAUGAACAUGAGCAUUGGUAUGUAUCAGAGGUUCCCAACCUGGGCUACUGGGAUCCCUGGGAGUGGUGCCAAAGACCUCUAGUGGGGGGCCCGUGGCCCUGUGUGCUCAAAUGUCAAAAUUAAAUGUACAGAUUUUUUUUCUUUUUUUAAAUCAUGAUUAGAAAUAUGAUGUCUGGUGGCGUAUCCAGAAUUAGAAGAUUAGUUUUUGGAGAUUGUAAAGCUAUAAGAAAUUUCUGAGUUUAGAAAAAGAAAUCACAAAUUUAUGAGAUAAAACUGUAAAUUUCCAAGUUUUUGUGGCACAGAUGUUCUAGUGUUUAAGGCAGCGUUACUUAACUCUGCUCAACCAAAGAGCCAAAUUGUUGAAAAAUACCUUUGCUAGAGCCACAAUCUAAGAAAUGAAAAGUGGCAAAAAUGAGUUAAAGUGGCAAUAAAAGUAAGUUAAAGGGGGCUGUGGCGCCACAUUAUGUAAUAACGCUGCAUUAUGUAAUGAUGUAAUACAUUUUCAAUUCAUUGUGUAAUAACGCCACAUUUUGUAAGCCACUAAGUGGUUAGGGUGAGGGCAAAGUAGUAGGGUAUACCCUGGAGCCCAUCUGAAGUCCUAGGGUUCAGGUUAGGUGUUUAGUCUAGAGCCCUGAAGGGGGGUUAGGUUUAGACAUAAG